AUAUUACUUGGAGGGUGUUUUUCGCUAAAUUGGAGUUCCUAAACAAACCCAUUUAUUUUGCACAAGAGAUGGCUUCUAGUUCUCAAGGUAUGGUAGCUGCUGCCUUCAAGCUGGCCGACAAGACUGCUGGGAGAGACAAGAUAUGCAGGCUGGUGCAGUAUGGUACCAAGUUCCUCCACUGGGCCCUGGAGAGCAAGGGACUGAGUCCAGAGCUGGUGACCAAGCUCAAGGGCUUGGAGUCAUCCAUCAGCACUGCCAGGAAAUUGUUUCGACUUGGUAAGAGCGUGGACAACUUCCGUGGUGCACUACAAACCAUCCACCUGGGUGAUGCUAUUCUGAGGGUCAUUGUCACUCUGGUCAAGAUCAAUCGCGGAAUAUUCCUACUCUUUGAUCACGUGUUAUGGGCACAGAGGAUGAAACUGGUUGUCAUUGACAGCAACUUCUGGGUUACAUACUCAAAUCGAUUCUGGUUGCUCUCCAUUGUACUCUGUAUAAUUAGAGACUUUUACGAAAUAUUGAAACUUUUAAAAGCCGAAAGGAAAAGAGUGGAGUCUGUAGCAAUCACUUAUUCCAGUGACAAACAAAAGGCCUCCAUUUUGGAAUCUCUGAGAAAUGUUUUCACUAACAACCCGACAGUGACCAUCGAUUUGGUUAAGAACUCGACUGAUUUGUUCAUCCCAGCAGCUCGGCUGGAUCUGGUGGGCGUACCUGGGGGUGUGGUUGGAAUAAUGGGCGUGGUCUCAUCCCUCGCUGGCCUACUGGUCUCCUAUAAUGAGAACUUAAAGCUCAAGUUUAGUUGAUGUAUUAUACAAUUAAAUGUUCAUGUGAAAAUUGAUUGUUGUCAUUUUGUUAUUGUGUGAUUGUGUGAUAUGAAAACAAUAUUGAUUGAACAAAAGA